AUGUUAUUCGUGUGACAAAAAUGGAGAUAAUUCAAAAGCAGAUCGAGGAGUUGAAGAUAAAAAUGGAAAAGAUUCAUUCUGAGAUGGAGAGAAAGAAUGAAGAGAUCGAGAAAACGAAGCGCGAAGCGUACGAGAAAGGCAUGACCUUUGAGAAUGACUCUGAAUCAAUGCCUCAGGACGAGGAUGCUGUAGAUUAG